AUGACGAGUGUACAAUCUGGGACGGGACAUGCGGCCAGUGAUCCGUUGAACGACAAGUGCGCCACAUCUAUGUCGCAAAAAACGGACAUGGAUCCAUCGCCUGUUGUUGAAGAUCAACCAGGCGCGUCGGAUCUGGACCUCACCUGGGACUCAGAUCAAGAUUAUGAAGAAUGUGUAUACUACCAUGAAGGAAGUGAUCUGUACGUGGAAGAUGUGAACGAGGCGGUACUGCCAGAAGUGCCCGGGACGACGGAAGAAGUAAAGAUCGAGGACAUUCAGCUAUGUGGAUCUGAUGAUCAGACCCCAAAAGAAAUUGAUCGACUUCGGCAAAGGAUCUGGAUGUUCCGACACCUCUUGAUCGGCAAAGGAAAUGCCCUUCCGCCGGCGACCAGAGGUGUUGUAUGCGACAUCGAUGUCGGAGGGGGGAGGUCUAUCGCCCUGAAGUGUCGUAAGUUGCGGACCCAGUUCAGGGAGAAGCUGGCUGACUUGAUCAAAGGUCUAUUGUCCGCCAAGAUGAUCAACUACUCUAGAUCACCGUGGGCUUCCCCGAUCGUGGCGAUCAUCAAGAAAGGAGUAGAUAUCAGGUUACUAACCCAGCUGAUGAUCUACCCAAUGCCCUUGAUCAACGACCUACUUGAAGAUCUGAAGUCAACACUUGGGUACUGCUCUUUGGAUAUGGCGAGUGGAUUUUGGGUGGUGAAAAUGACGGAUCGUGCUCGUUUGAUCUCGGCUUUCUUUUAUCACUCCUUUUGGUGGAAUCGGAUGCCUUUCGGCUUGAAGGAUGCGCCCCAGAUCUAUCAACGUAUGAUCGACAACGCGCUAUAUAGAUUCACCCGGAUCCCGAAGUCUGAAGAUCACGGAAGUAUUUUGGACGUGUUUGAGGAUGGGGAACAGGUGGAGCCAGGCAAGCCAUCGGUGCUUGGGCUCGAAGGUCUACUCGAGGCGUCCGAUAAGUGGAAUCUGUCGAUCAGUGUGGUUAAGAGUUUCUGGGGAAUGCCUAAGGUGGAAUACCUCGAUCAUAAGGCGAAUCCGAAGGAUCUGUCGGCACUGACUGAUCUUGCAUUUCCAGGAUCACUCAGCGCUAUGCAGUCAUUUUUGGGAAGUCUGAACUAUUACAUCCGGUUUAUUGAGGACUAUGCGAAUUAUGCGUCGGUCCUGUACGAGUUAUGGGAAAUCGACUUCGCUGCAAUGAUGAAAGACACCACCCAAACGCAGAUCCAACGGAUAUUAGACGUGGAGAGCGUGGAUCAAGGAUCACAGGAAGAUCAAGCGAUCGACCACCGAAAGACCCUGGAUCUGGAGGCGCAAGAUCUUACUGAAGUGGAUCCUCGUUGGAUCCACGCCUAUCGAUCCUUCAGUGUGCUUAAAACCAAAUUCGCUACUACUCCGAUCUUACGACACUUUGACCCUGAUCGAAGCGCUACGAUUGUAGUGUAUGCUAGCGAUUGGGAUAUUUCUGGAUCAUUGAUGCAGGAGUAUGACAAGAUCUACUACCCCGUGAUGUUUGCGCGUCGUACUUUGAAGUCAAAUGAGCCGAAUUAUGGUAUUGCGGAAAAGGAGGUAUUGGCCUUGCUGCGGAUCCUAGAUCUUAACUACAAUGCUUUGGUCGGACGUCCGAUCCGUAUGCUGACCCGACAUUCGACUCUGGCGUGGCUCUUCAGAUCCACAGCCUUGCAGGGACGGUUAGGUCAGUGGGCUGCUCUAUUGUCGCCAUGGACUCUUGAGAUCACCAAGUGCGUCAAGGGUGAAGAUGAGAUUCUGGGAGAAUUGGUGGGAAGCACCGUGCCUAGAUCACACGCGGAUAAGACGUUAAUCUCGAUCGCCCCUAAAAAGGAGCCAAGACGCAAGAUCCAGGCUCCGAUCCACACUAUCGGAAGCAAUGAGGAUCUAUACGUUGUCAGCUUUGAUGGAUCCGCUCGUGUCAAGAGAGGUUGCCUACAGCGCGAUCUUGUGGAAGCUAUCUGA